UAUUACUUUUAUUUUGCUGGGAUUUCCCUGGAUGGUCUGAGCACAGUUCCAUGCCCCCACGGCCAUGCCCGGCUCCGCUCCACAUGUUCCUCUGAGUGAGCCCCGCGGGCCCUGAGCUGCCGCCGCCGCCGAGGACGGAACAUGUAUCAGGGUCUGGCCCUCACCCCCAACCAUGGCCAGUCGGCUUAUUCCCACGACUCCAGCAACUUCCUCCACUCGUCGGCCGGCUCGCCCGUCUACGUGCCCACCACGCGGGUGCCCUCCGUGCUGCAGACGCUGCCCUACCUGCAAGGCUGCGAGCCGCACCAGAGCCACCUGGGCAACGCCCCGGGCUGGGGGCAGAGCGGCGGCGAGCCCGCGGCGUUCAACGCGGGCAGCCCGCACCCGCCCUCGGGCUUCUCGUACUCGCACAGCCCCCCGGGCAGCAGCCCCUCGGGCCGCGACGGCGCCUACCAGGGGCCCCUGCUGCUGGGCGGCGGGGGCCGGGAGCAGUACGGCAACGCCUUGGUGCGCUCCGUUAACGGGUCCUACUCCAGCCCCUACCCCGCCUACGUGACCCCCGAGAUACCGCCUUCCUGGACGGCCGGACACUUUGAGAGCAGCGUGCUGCACAGCCUGCAGACCAGGCAGGCGGCCUUGCCCGGCCGCAGGUCCACUUUCGAGUACCUGGAGGAGUUCCCCGGGGACGGCCGCGAAUGCGUCAACUGCGGAGCCAUGUCCACCCCGCUCUGGAGGAAGGACGGCACCGGGCACUACCUGUGCAACGCCUGCGGGCUCUACCACAAAAUGAACGGCAUCAACCGGCCGCUCAAGCCGCAGAAGAGGCUGUCCUCCUCGAGACGUGCUGGCCUUUGUUGCACUAACUGCCACACCACCAACACCACGCUGUGGAGGAGGAACGCCGAGGGCGAGCCCGUCUGCAACGCCUGCGGCUUGUACAUGAAGCUCCACGGGGUACCGCGACCUCUGGCCAUGAAAAAGGAAAGCAUCCAGACGAGGAAAAGGAAGCCUAAAAACAUUACCAAAGGCAAAGCCUCAACAGGAUCCACAACUUCAGCCACAAACUCCCCUUCUUCCAUCACCACCUCAGACAGCACGGUCACUUUAAAGUCAGAGCCCAGCACAACCUCACAGUACCCUGGACAAACCAUCGUGUCGGUGUCCCAGGCACAGAGCCAGUCGGACGAGGCGCUGCCCGGCGAGUUCAAGUUCGAGCCCGAGGAUUACAGCUUCUCUGGGGGCAGCAUGGCCCCGCAGCCCGGGCUGAGCGUGCCCCUCCGGCAGGACUCCUGGUGUGCCCUGGCGCUGGCCUAGGAGCCACGAGCACCCACAGAGAGCCUCGGGACCAACCUUUGUGGCUGUGUGACGGGCAGGAGAACAGCUGCCCCGGCGCCCUGCAUUGAGGAGCAUCCAGCACAGCCACAGGACAGGUUUCUCUUGGAGGAUGCCCUUGGGAAACGCCAGCUGGAUGGGGCUGGGAUGGCCCCACUGUGGCACCAGGUCCCCAAAAACUCAUCCUUCCCCAAGGCUGGAGCCUCCGUUUUCCUGGGGAAGGCCUUCCUCCUCUGAGAUGAAACCAGCAAAUAAAUGCAUCCCACAAUCUGUUUAUUCGCAGUG